AAGCGGAAGCGAUUGUUUCGGCGUGCUUCGAAUGAGCUCCUGUCAAACAAAAGCGCUCAACUUUUCGGUUCAAUGCAGUUUUAGCAGCAAAAAAAAAUCAACAAUGUCGACGGCAAUGAAUUUCGGCACAAAAUCAUUUAAACCACGACCUCCUGAUAAAGGAUCAUUCCCUUUAGACCAUUUCGGUGAAUGUAAAGAGUUCAAAGAGAAAUUCAUGCGCUGUCUCAGAAACAACAACUUUGACAACACUCUGUGCCGACUACAGUCCAAAGAGUACCUGGAGUGUAGAAUGGACAAGCAGCUGAUGGCGAAGGAGCCUCUAGAGAAGCUCGGCUUCAGGGACCUGAUGGACCAGGACAAAGAGGAGAGCCGGGAGAAACCUUAACGAAAACAAAAGAUGAAAUGUAUUAUUAUUUAAGUUGAUAUAAAGUGUGCCAACAGUGUGUAAAUUGAUCUAAUGUAUAAAAGUUAUAAAAUGUAUAAAGAUGUUUCCUAUACUUUA